AUGAGUACGAGACGUCGAAGUGUCAUUUCGCAUGGCUUUAAUCGACCUCAGUCUCGUGCAUCCAUAAUAUCAUUGUAUUCAAUCGCGUAUGAUGAAGAUAAACAUCGGAAAUUAUCUCGAGUAUUUUCAGCAAUAUUUGUUCAUAAAAAAAUCGAUAUAUAUCAUGUUCUUGAACGACAAGAAGGUACACGUACACUUGCAUAUCAUUUAUUCGUCUUUGCAUUAACUCUUGUUUCGCUUGUAUUUGGUUCGAUAUUAACUAUUGAUGAAUGGCGGCCAACAUUAGAUGCACCAUUGUACUAUGGUGAAUUAGGUUUAUUUGUAUUCUUUGCUUGUGAAUUACUAUUGCGGAUAUGGUCUGCUGGCGGUGUUCUAAAAUAUCGAACAUGGGUUGGUCGUCUAAUUUUUAUUAGUCGACCAUCUAUUAUACUUGACAUAUUAACAUUAUUUGGUUUCACUAUAUCAUUAGCAACCGGUUUGAAAACACGAGAAUUUCCAUCGUUAACAUUAAAAUUUUUACCACCUCUACAAAUGAUUCGAUUUUUACGUGUUGAUAGACAAUUGUCAUCGUGGAAGAUUUUAAAAGGAAUUAUUGUAACACAUCGCCAAGAACUGACUGUUACAUUAGUUAUUGCGUUCAUGUUUCUUAUUACUGGCUCUUAUCUCCUUUAUGUUGCUGAAACACCUAUAGAUCCGACGUUAAACAAGGGAAACUUUAAAUCAAUUGCUGAUACUAUGUGGUUUUCAAUUAUUACGAUGACAACGAUUGGUUUCGGUGACCUUUUUCCAACAACAUAUAUUGCGAAAAUGAUAACGACAACAAUUUGCUUUCUUGGUAUUGCAUUUUGGUGUUUACCAGCAGUUAUCAUUGGAAGUGGUCUUGCUAUACAAGUUCAAGCGAAAAAACGUGAUGAAGCGUUAAGUCGGCUUGUACCUGCUGCUGCUACUGUUAUACGUAAUUGGUGGCGCCUUCGAUGUGUUCAUCAUCGUGAUCGCUUCGUAUCAACAUGGAAAAUUUACUCAAUAAUUCCGCGUCGUACUCAUGUUCAUCCAGCAUUAAAACCUAAUCUUGAGAAAGCUGUAUCGAUAGUUGAAUCUACAGGACAGACGCCUACCACUGUGGAUUCAUCACGAUUUAAUUUUACAAAUUUACCAACACCAACAACACAACCAAAUUAUAUGCGACGAAAACCAAUAACAAGUAUUGAAGAUUUACCAAAACGCUAUGUAACAGCUAUAAAAAUUAUUCGUACGUUAAAAUAUUCGGUGGCCUGUAAAAAAUUUCAGGAAGCAAAACGUCCAAUUGAUAUAAAAGAUGUUGUUAAAGAAAAUACUCAAACAAAUAAUCGUUUAUCAACUAUGUUCGUUGAUAUACAGCGGCGUUUAGAUUUAGUAUUAGGUACAACAAAACCAGCAUCAUAUUUAUCAGAUGUAGAAAAACGACAAUUAAGUUUAAGUGCUCGAAUAGAAAAAGUUGAAGAAAUAGCAAAACGAUUUGAAACAAAAUUAAAUCAGUUAGAACAAUUAGCAUCGUCAUUGGUCAAAAAUGGAUAA